AUGAAGUCCUUCGCUCCUCUCUCCGUCCUCUCUUUGGCACUGGCCGCCGUCAGCAGCGCCAGCCCUGACCCUAGCAAGACUCUCGCUCGCCGCGCAAACUUCUGCGACCAGUGGGGCUCCGUCACGACCGGUAGCUACAUCGUCUACAACAACCUCUGGGGCCAGAGCUACGACACCUCCGGAACCCAGUGCACUGGCAUUGACUCGCUCAGCGGCAGCACCAUCGCGUGGCACACUUCGUGGUCAUGGGCCGGUACCGCGAACCAGGUGAAGAGUUUCGCCAACGUGGCGCUGAAGUUCACUGCUCAGAAACUGAGCGCCGUUAACAGCAUCGAGUCGACUUUCAAAUGGAGCUACUCCAACACCAACGUCGUCGCUGAUGUCGCGUACGACAUGUUCCUGAGCUCGACCGCCAACGGAAGCGAGGAGUAUGAGAUCAUGGUCUGGCUUGCUGCGCUGGGCGGUGCUGGUCCCAUCUCUUCUACCGGUUCUCCUAUCGCCACUGUUACUAUCAACGGUGUCUCGUGGAAGCUGUAUGUCGGCCCCAACGGCAGCAUGACUGUGUACAGCUUCGUUGCUUCGUCGACUGUUACUAGCUUCUCUGGUGAUCUUUUGAAAUUCUUCCAGUAUCUUGAGGAUUACCAGGGCCUCAAGUCCAGCUUGUAUUUGAUCGAUGUGCAGGCUGGUACCGAGCCUUUCACUGGCAGUUCUGCUCUGACUGUUUCUUCUUACUCGGCUGUUGUCGCAUAA